AUGCUAAGAGCAGACGAGGAAGACGCUUCAGAGCUCAAGAUUGGAGACGAUUUCUUGAAGGCGAAAUGUUUAAUGAAUAGUGAGGUUGCCAUUCUGCUUGAGCAUAGAUGUGAUCAGAUGAAGCAUAUGUCUGGCGAUUCAACGACCCAACUUCCUCAAGUGUUGGAGAAAUCACUGCAGUAUGUUAAGCGCUUCAGUCGCUUCACGAAUCAGGGCUCUGUAAAGCAAGUUCGAGAAGUCCUGAGUAGAUACCAAUUGGCUGAAUUCGAGCUGGCUGUCAUUGGGAAUCUCUGUCCUGAAAAUGUGGAGGAAGCCAAGUCAGUUGUGCCUUCCCUCAAGACCAAAGGACGUGGGCAUGAUGAUGAAGCCAUUGAGAGACUGUUAAAUGACCUCGUAAUGAUUAAAAAGUUUGAGUGA